AUGACGAUCAAUCGCGACGGAGGCAAGUUACUCCUCGCCUUUACUUUUUCCCUCCUGAUUUCCAAUUUCCUGUAUUCUACUUCUGUUUCCGCUUCGAAUUCAAACUUUAUUGUCCAAACUGGCGGUGAAAACGGAAGCUCCUUUAAUGGAACCGUCGGAAGCAGUAAUUCCGACGCCGUUUUGAUGCGGAACCAUCUGCGUCGGAUGGAAGUGCUCGUGGAAUCGAUUAGAAACCUCACGCACGAUGUCGCUAGGCUAGAAUCGAAAUUUAUUCCGUAUUUAUCGAAUUCAGACGCAAUUCCUUCGUCUCGGGGUGAAUUUAGGGCUUUGGCUGGAAUUAAUGGAGGGGAAACUCCCUCCGGCGGAUUGCGCCGCCCGAUUUGGUCGGAGUGGUUCCAAUUUGUUGCGGCGGUGAAAUUGAGCACAAACCCUAAUUGUAUGAACUUGCUGCCAUUUAGGGAUUCUGAAGGUCUGAAUAGAUACUUUGCUGUAGGAGAUGAUCAUGGUAGUUUAUAUGUGUUUUGUAGAACAGGGGAUGUUGCAAUGCAGCUAAACUCGACUCCGAAUUCGGAGUCGAAUUCGCCGGUAACCUCCAUGGUAUCGUACUUGUCGAUACACAAGAACGAAACCAUGCUCAUCUCGGGACACGAAAACGGUGUUAUCACGAAACACCGUAUUUACGAGGGAGAAGAAUCGACUACAUUGGUUGUAGAUAAAAUUCGGAAAUUUCGAACAAUAGGGUUAGAAGGAUCGUCGAUUAAGAUGUUAAAAGUUCAUUACAUUGGUCAGAGAAGGUACAUUUUGGCGGUAAAUGAUCGCGGGAAGAUCAUCGUGUUUAACGAGGACGGAUCGUUACACGGUGUCGUAUCUCCUAAAAAAUGUCCGAUUGUGUUCUUGAAGCAACGGCUUUUGUUUCUAACGGAAACGGGAGCCGGAUCGUUGGAUUUGAGGACCAUGAAGUUGAAGGAGUUGGAUUGCGACGGGGCUAACGGUACCGUUGCGGUGAGAUACGUCUUCGACAUUGCGGAUAGGACGAACGCGUACGGGUUUACAUCCGAUGGUGAAUUUAUCCACACGGUGUUGUUUGGCGACGCGACGAGCUUUAAAUGCCGAUUUAGGUUUAAGACAAGGUUGGGUGUGGAUAAGCCUUUGGAUUUAGUUGCAAUAAGGGGAUAUGUAAUGACGGUCGACGAAGACGAGGUUUACGUGUACAAUGUUUCGACGCAGCCUUAUGUAAGAAUUGGCAUGGUUCGGUUUUUGUUGUCCGCUCGUCUUGACGAGAUUGCGCCGUCGUUUUUUAAUCGGGAAGUCGUUGGGAAACGCGGGACGCGACCGUUGAUCGUUAGUGACUACGAGAAGGACGUUGUCGUUAGUUUCAGGAACGGUUACAUCGCAAUUUACCGUUCGAAGCUUCCGGUGAUCGAAUACGAGUUUAAUAGUGUUUGGUGGACGGUCCCGGUUUUGUUCUUCACGGUUUUUAUAUUCGUCGCAUGGCAUUAUUUGGCGAAUAACGGCGAUCCGCUUACCUCGUUCGGCUCGACGACGGGGGAUAGGUUGUUAGAAGAUUCUUCUAGAAGCAAUAGGUUCUUACUAGAUCCUUCUAGAAGCUUCUAUGGAUCUUCGAGAUAUGGUUGUCAAGGUGUGGCGACGAGUUUCUACAAGUCGUGUGCUGAUGUGGCACCGGUCGACCACCAUUUUGUCCCGAGCUUUGGGAUGAAAUUUAGAAGCAGGUUUAAUGCCCAGGUGGGAGGUAUGUCGAGAAACUUUGUUGACGACAACCGUUGA